ACACGAUGAAUCAAAAAGCGUUUUUCUUUGUCUAAAAAACUUAGUCAAUAUUUGGCAGUAAGAGUGAGUGCACGCGUUCACGUUGUCGUUCAAGCGAUUUGUUUAAAAAAUGCCGAAAAAACUAAAAGUUGUUGUAAAGUCUCUAUAUUCCCAUGAAAUUCGUAAAGAUGUGAGCCUGGAAAGUCUAAAAUCACUAAAACUCGAGGACGCUUGGCCAUUUAUCAGGGAUGAAAUCGAAAUUGAAAUUGGGAGUAACCAGUUGGUCUGUAUCCCGCAUAUAACCGAAGCAGAGCUGUAUAAAGUCACGUCUCUAUUUGUACCAAAUGAAAAAGAAACGAACGGUAAAAUGUUCACACCGCUUGGCGAACUUAAGAAGAAUAUAAACAGGGAGAAAUCCGACCCGGAAUACGUUGACCUGCUGGAACAAGGUGAUUUUCUGGAUCAAGAUUUUAAAUUCCCUCAUGAAAGCGUAAAGAUAACAUUACAAGAUGAAGCAAUAAAAAACAAAGUGAGAGUGAUCAUGGUGAAUUUCUCCCAAUCGAGAAUCCCGAAAGACAAGGAUUUCGUAAACAAGAUUUUCUUGGAUGUGAAGAAUAAUAAAGCUCUGGAAGGCAAGAGAUCUGUUUACAUGAUCACAAGUGUGUUGAUGGCAAAAACCAUUGAGUUCAGAGUGACCCGUGGAACAUCCUCAAGGAUCUUCCAUCUUGGCAAUGCUUCUCCACUGGUCUUUCGUUUAGAAGAAUUUCUAAUAGGGGACGAUGGAAAAUUAAUUGCAAAGGAACCGGUAACAAUCAAAUCGAAGUUCAUGCACUGGCAGAAAUUGCACCCCUCAGAUCACCUCUACAUCCCUGAGAGUCAAGAAACUGCCUGCGCACACUAGAGAGUUUAUCUUCAGGUUAAUAAAAUCAUUGUUAGUGUAGAAGCAAAACCUUUACAUGGUUCAUUUCGUAAGCGAUUCGUUAUUUGAAAGCUUAUUUAGUA